AAAGGCUGUCCCACAUAUUGCAUGUAGUGUGAGAGUUUAUUGGCAAGAGAGGCAGAAUAUGUGUUUGAGUGGUGGGAAUAGGACAGACCGAGAGAGAGAACGAGAGAUAGAUCGAGGGAGAGAGAGAUACAGGGAGAGAGAGAGAGAGAGAGAGAUGAUGGGACGAGAGACAGAGAGCAGAAGAGAUCAGUGAGCGACGAGCGAAAGAGAGAGAGACACACACACACAUACACACACACACACACAGAGUGAGAGACUAUAGAGAGAUACAAGGUUAUACAUAGGGAACUGGAAAAGGGCUGCUAACUAGCAGAGAGUGUGAGAGACAGCGUGGUGUGACUGGGAGAGAGUCUUCUGGCUAACUUGGGAGUGCAUGGACAGCGUGCACACACAGUGAAAUCUCCUCAUCAGUGCUCGCAGUCCUGGGGAUCUAACUCAUUAGUGGAGGAGGAUUUCAACUUGAAUUGUUUUUAUUGCAGCUGGGCAAAGCAGAUGAGGACACACCACACUGUGCGGAUCUUCGUUAAGGCACUGGUUCUGACGUGACCCGUGUGGAGUUUAUAUAUUGGAUAUUUUCUGAAACUACGUUUUUCUGAAACUCUGUUUUGAUAACGACUGCUACAGGUGCAUCGCAGGCUAGCAGCUCCGCAGAUCUGGGGAAUCUCUCGGAUACGUCGGCCACGUGCGAGGCUUAUGGCAGCACAGCGGGGGUGAAAAGGCGCCAAAUAUAGCGUGGGAGCGCUGGGAAACACGUCCCCUUGACAGAGCCGCGGCAGCCGUCAGUCGUCAUGAGGCGUCCGGACCAUGCGGCCCAGCACUGACACGAUGGAGGCCGACACCGCGGCCACCCACCGUAACUUCAUUACUAAGGUGGACGUGCCUGACCACGCGCACUACACCGUGGCUUUCUUCGUCUCCGUCAUCGGCACCCUGGGCGUCACGGGGAACGCCCUCGUGCUGUUCGCCUUCUACAGCAACAAGAAGCUCCGUAAUCUGCCCAACUACUUCAUCAUGAACCAGGCGGUGAGCGACUUCCUCAUGGCCUUCACCCAGUCGCCCUUCUUCUUCAUCAACUGUCUCAACAGGGAGUGGAUCUUCGGAGAGCUCGGCUGUAAGCUGUAUGCGUUCCUGGGGGCCCUAUUUGGCAUCACGUCCAUGAUCAACCUGCUGGCCAUCUCCCUGGACCGCUACAUGGUCAUCACCAGGCCCCUGGAGGCCAUGAAGUGGAACUCCAAGCGGAGAACCACCAUCGCCAUCUUGUUGGUCUGGCUCUACUCCCUGGCCUGGAGCCUAGCCCCUCUCGUUGGCUGGAGCUCCUACAUCCCCGAGGGCCUGAGGACCUCAUGCACCUGGGACUACGUCACUUACACGGCGUCCAACAGGAGCUACACCAUGAUGCUGUGCUGUUUCGUGUUCUUCAUCCCCCUGGCUAUCAUCUCCUACUGCUACCUCUUCAUGUUCCUGGCCAUCCGCAAAACAAGCAGAGAUGUGGAGCGGCUGGGCAUCCAAGUGCGGAAAUCCACCAUAAUCCGCCAGAAGUCCAUCCGAACUGAAUGGAAGUUGGCAAAGAUUGCCUUUGUGGUGAUCGUGGUUUAUGUCUUAUCCUGGUCACCGUAUGCCUGUGUGACGAUGAUUUCCUGGUCAGGGCAUGCCAACAUCCUGUCGCCGUACUCCAAAACUGUCCCAGCUGUUAUAGCGAAAGCAUCUACCAUUUACAACCCAUUCAUCUACGCCAUCAUACAUCAGAAGUACAGGAAGACCUUGGCGGAUAAAGUCCCCUGCCUGAGGUUCCUGGCCCCCAACAAGCGGAAGGACUGCACGUCGUCUUCGUUCAGCGGGUCCUCCUACCGGGACUCGGUCAUCAGCAGGACGUCCACUGCCAUUAGGAGACAGUCCACGGCCGCCAGCAGACACGCGUCAGCAUCCAAGACUGCAGCGGGUGCUUCUUCGUACUCGUCCUCAGACAGGGUCUUCGGGGACGUGGAGAUGGACCCCAUCGACUGGAGAUCAGGGGCCUCCUUCCGUCGGCACUCGUCGCGCGGCAGCACCCGCCGGGACAGGCUCUUGAAGAAGCAGCAGAUGGAGAGAACGAACAAGAGCGCAGCACACAAGCAACCAUCGCCGUCGACCAAAAUGUCGGCGACCCACUGCAAGAACAAGACGGUCUCCAGUUCGGUCAACAUGGCCGCCGCGCCUCCUCAGCUGGUGCUCAUCAGGAAGAGGAGCCAGAGUCUAACCAACGGCCUGUCAGACGCCGGGAAGAAGACGACCGUCGCCAACGGCACCCCGGGCAACCACAAGAGCAAAUCUGCGGAUUUACAUUUCAGAAACCUUCCCGCUCUAGAUCAAGCGCUGAAUGUCCCUCGCAUCAUCGUCAUCAGUCCCACGUCGGAGGACUGCUUGGUUAAACACGAGAGCAGCUUCACAGAUGACGGUUCUGUCGGGACGGUGGUGGAUGAGGACUCGUUAGAGGACAAUGAUGUUGUUUGAAAAAUGUCCCCCAAGUAAACAUUCUUGUUCAGUCAAUUUAUUGCUUUGUUGGAACUAUAGCCUAUAUGUAUUUAUGCCGGAGAGUAUUUUUAUGUCACAAUACCCAGUACGAUGCUUUGCUGGGUCGGACCUAUUGUGACCCUUCAAUUCCAGCUCAGAUUGUAUGUGUGACAUUGUGUUACUUUUUGGGGUUGUUGGCAGAUUACUGGUUGUGUAGAAUAAUUUAUUUUACUAUAAAAUAUUGAUUUAUGAAUAAAAAGCCAUCUAAAAGUA